UUCUGACGCAAUUCCUGUCCUGCGCAGUACGAUGUGACCUGUGAACCGGCGAGCACUUCCUUUUCCUUCUUCCGGGGACGGGGUCUGGAGGCUUUCACAAUGGUCCAGCGCUUGACAUACCGCCGUAGGCUUUCCUACAACACGGCCUCUAACAAAACCAGGCUGUCCCGAACCCCAGGGAACAGAAUUGUUUACCUCUACACCAAGAAGGUUGGGAAGGCCCCCAAAUCUGCAUGUGGCGUGUGCCCCGGCAGGCUUCGAGGGGUUCGUGCUGUGCGGCCCAAAGUUCUCAUGAGAUUGUCUAAAACAAAGAAGCACGUCAGCAGGGCCUACGGUGGCUCCAUGUGCGCCAAGUGUGUCCGGGACAGGAUCAAGCGCGCUUUCCUUAUUGAAGAGCAGAAAAUCGUGGUGAAAGUGCUGAAGGCACAAGCACAGAGUCAGAAGGCCAAAUAAACGAAGCUCUCUGCGUAAUAAAAGAUGGGCGGGCUUGUUCCGUG